CACUAUCCCAAAUUAAUCUCAAAAUAAUCCUCAUCUCCUUCCUCAGCUCUUCGCCGGUCGAAGAAGUUGUCUUUGGAAAGACUGCGGGCAAUAUAAAGGAAAAAUGCCUCCUUCCGCCAAAAGACGCAAGCUCACGGCGACCACUGGGCAGGCGCCAUUCUUCAGUCCCACUCAAUCAGGCAUUCAGGCAUUCGGCAGGAUCUCCAAACCGCAGGUGGUAAAUGGGCACGCCCUCGAAAAGGAACAAGUCAUCAAGCAGGAGCAACUCCUACCUACGGAUGGCAAUCGCCUGAGUAAAAUCGUUCUAGAAAAAAAGCGGAAAAUUGACUCAGAUACGACCCAGCCCGUUACGAAAACUGAGGAGUUUCCGGCUACGGUCUUGCAACCUACCAAAAAUAUCGAGCAGCGUUACGAAGGAGCUAGAUUCACCAAUGCCGAACAGAUUACUGAAAACGAGCGACAAGUGCAGAGCACUCCUCGACGCUCUGCAAGAUUUGCCGAACCCACCUUUGAAACUCCUACGAAAGGCGCCUGUGGCCUUCUCAAUGCCUUUGCUCUUUCCACUCCGAAGAGUGCAAAGACAACCCGAACAGAACGAGAAACUACCCCAUGUCCGGUCUCAGACGAACACGCAACUUCAAAUGAGGAUCUUCGUGAAGGCCGUCUCCCGGAAGCUGUACAAGACCUCUUUGAUCUCCAUGAAUCAUUCCUCACAGCUCUUGCUAUACAUCGGGCACACAAUGGUUCACUGGUUCCGGCUGAUUUGCGGGUAUUAUGUCCUAGCAUUGAGCGAGCGUGGGGGAAAAGAAACGUUCGGGUAGAAGAUAUCAAGCGUGUUCUUGGCAUUCAAGAAAUGUUUGUUGGAUCAAACGGGAAGAAGAUUGGAACUGCAGCUAUCUUGUCUCUAUCUGAUUAUGGCAUGGGUAAAAUUUGUUUGGAAGUGGAUGAUGCGAGGCAAGAUGGAGAGCGCUUGCUCAUCUCCGAUGGUGAAAGUGGCAUCAAGGCGCUUUUCAAGCGUAAUGUCGAACAAGCUUGGGCAGACUGGGCUGGUCGUAAUAUCCCUUCAAAUGACAAAGCUCAUUCUCUCCAUGAAAUGGGUAUUAAAGCCGGAGAGGGCAAGGACCGCGGAGAGUCUUUCAUACAACAACUUCCCCUCGCCCGAGUUACGCCUUGCUCUUCCCUUGCAAAAGCCUCUCCACUGCUUAAGAAGGGUCAACGAAGACUUGAAGAAUUCAAGAUUGAGGCUACCUUAGUUCGACAAGAUCGCCACGAGAAAGCCGUCGGAGCCGGGUCUUUGAAGGCUUCAAAUUCGGUCAGCGAUCGCGGCCAAGGGCUUCUGGCACGGAUUCGUGAGAAACAGCUUCGACAAUCGACCCUCCCUGGUGCUCCUUCAAAGGAGGAAGUAGCUCGCAAGUCAGCACUCCAGCGUAUCGACGAAGUAUCCUCCGUUCUCUCUCUACUUGGCUCCCCAGAAAAGUCCACCGAUGAGAUUGGCGUAUCCUUGAACAGCAGGAGCAGCAGCACCAAUUCUUCUCUUCACGUACUGUCGACUGCGUCAUACAAGCGUGUCUCUUUCACUUUGCCAACACUUAUCCAGAAUCUCCAAGGCUCGCUCAGGACACCCAUUUCAAAAGACGAGGGCGAAUUAUGUAUCCACUUGCUUGCGGAACGCGUUGCUCCUGAGUGGAUCAGCCUCUUCAAAACAGGCAGAGUCCUGGGUGUCGUUCUCAAGCAGGGCUACAAGCCGUCCGCUGCAGAGAUGAAAAGCCGAGUUGCCGCCUGUAUGUGAUUAUUAAAGCCAUUGCGUUCUCUCUGUCCUAUUUUAUUGGAUUCCAGUUUUCAUUAUCAUGAUACCUUGACUUGUAUAUUUUACUUGGGGCACAAUGGAGUAUCACGAUAGGCUACUGCAUCAUCUUGACCACAGGGUUAGUCAUGCAUUGCUAUGGUCAUCCUUUUCUGCUCUUAUAGGCUUUUCGUUUCUUUCCUUUUUCUUAUAUGCAUAGCGUACGGAGGCAAUUUUUCUUUAUUGGUUACUAUUGGUCUAGAAGUACUAGAGUCUCGAUUCCCAUCAGUUUUAGCAGCCAACAUUAUUUGCAUGGAUAUGGCGUACCAGUCUGCAUUCAAUUAAGCAAAGCCUAGC